AAUUAAAAAAUAUAAAACAAAAAUUACGUAAAAUAAAAUUAAAAAACAAUAAAAAUUAGAUCAAUGAAAUAAAACAACAAAAAAUAAAGUGUCCACAGAGACAAUAUGUCUCAGAGUGUCUCAGAGUGUCUCAGUGUGUCUCAGAGUGUCUCAGUGUGUCUGUGCAUUCUCUGACGUUGUCUCUAUGAGGAAGAGGCAGAGCGUCGACCCGAGAGAGGAAGAACGUGUGACCACAUCCUGACACACACACACACACACACACACACAGACACAUACACACUCGGUCAGCUGCCGUUGGUGAUGUUUCAGGUCCUCACAUUCACAAACAUCAACAGGUGUGUGUGACAUCAUGGCUGACUCGGGGACAUUUUCAUCGUCCUCUCCUCCUCCUCCUCCCCCUUCUCCUCUUCCUCCCAUCAUGCAUCACUCGUCUCUCUUCAACUCCUCACCACCUCCUCUCUCCUCAUCCUUGUUAGCCAGAAACCGUCUCCAGGUAUCCUCCCCUCACCUCCACCCUCAGAUAACCUCACCUCACCUCUGUCCUCAGACCCAUGUAACCUCCCCUCACCUCCAUCCUCAGGUAACCUCACCUCACCCCCCUCACCCUCAGGUAACCUCACCUCACCUCCCUCACAUCUCUCACCCUCAGGUUACCUCACCUCACCUCUCUCACCCUCAGGUUACCUCCCCUCACCUCCCUCACCCUCAGGUAUUCUCCCCUCACCUCCCUCACCCUCAGGUAACCUCACCUCACCUCCCUCACAUCUCUCACCCUCAGGUUACCUCACCUCACCUCUCUCACCCUCAGGUUACCUCACCUCACCUCCCUCACCCUCAGGUAACCUCCCCUCACCUCCCUCACCCUCAGGUAACCUCACCUCACCUCCCUCACAUCUCUCACCCUCAGGUAACCUCCUGUCACUUCCCUGAACCCCGGGUAACCUCACCUCACCUCCUCCCACACCCUCAGCUAACCUACCCUCACCUCCCUGACCCUCAGGUAUCCUCACCUCACCUCCCUCACUCUCAGGUAACCUCACCUCACCUCUCUCAUCCUCAGCUAACCUCUGCCCACCUCCCUGACCCUCAGGUAUCCUCACCUCACCUCCCUCACCUUUACAUAACCUCACUUGACCUCCUCCCUCAGACCCAGGUAACCUCAUCUCACCUCCUCCCUCAGACCCAAGUAUCUUCACCUCACCUCCCUCACCCUCAGAUUACCUCCCCUCACCUCCUUCAGACCCAAGUAUCCUCACCUCACCUCCGUCCUCAGACCCAUGUUACCUCCCCUCACCCUCAGGUAACCUCACCUCACCUCCUCUCCCUACCCCAGCACCUCUUCUCCAAACAAACUGUAGAUGUAGAUCAUCCAGAGUGGAGCAGGUCUGAACCACCUGCUGAACGUCCCUAUCUGCUCACCACAGCCCACCUUGAUCACCAGAACCAGAACCAGUUCAGUACUGGUGCAAGUCACUACAGACCGCCCUACAACAGUCACAUAGACCUGGCCGGUGGCGUGUACGGACAGGGGGACACACCUGGUCCAGGUCAUGACACCUGGAGGCCGACUCUGCCCCAGGGAGGAUGGAGCUCCGUCGACUUCACCUCGUCAUCGGCUGAAGAUUUCUCCAGCACGCGUUUCUUCCACCACAGUUGCCAUGACAACAGUAGCGCACAGCCCUUCUGUAGCCCCACCACCCCUGGUCUGAGUCCUCAUUACCCACAAACCCCGACCCUGUCCAGCCCCGAUGCACAGUGUCAUCCCGGUAAAGAGAAGCAGACACUCAGACAGGUGGGUGAAGAUCAAACCCUUCACUGGUGUCUGGAUGAGUACGACAGCUACCGUCUGACCUCCGACCCCAGUCAGCCCCGCCCCCUUCAGACCAGCCGACACCUUCUCCACAACCACAGGGAUCUGAUCCAGGACCAGACAGGCCUCCUGCACAGCCACAGGGAUCUGAUCCAGGACCAGAUGGGUGUCCUCCACAACCACAGGGAUCUGAUCCAGGACCAGACAGGUGUUCUCCACAGCCACAGGGACCUGAUCCAGGAGCAGAUGGGCCUCCACACUGCUGCAAACUCAGCCAGCUGUUUCUGUCCACAGGGACGAGGCCAGGAUGUGAGCAGCACCGCCCCACCCACAGGCCUCCCUGUAAAACGUCUGAAACCCGAGGACGACUCUGCGCUUCUAAAGUCCAGGCUGCUCUGUUCGGUGUGUCAGCGUGACUUCAGGAGUCUGCCGGCACUGAACGGUCACAUGCGCUCCCACAGUCGAUCCAGAUCAGCGUCAUGGUCCAACAAGGGUGACGACUCCUCCGCCCCAACGGUCCAACCCUCCGUCUCCAUGGUGAUGCCUGUCUCUGUGCCCGUCCAAUCUAAAGCAUGUAGGAGUGGACAGAGGCGAGGCAGUCAUCUGUCUCCAGCCACAGGAGGUGCUGCGCUGCUGUACUGCAGCCUGCUGCACCACGGAGAAGAGGAAGCUGUAGCUGAGGAUGGUGAGGCAGGUGAUGGAGCGGUUGCCAUGGGUGACAGUGCACACUACACCCCUCCACCCAUGCUGUGCCCCAUCAGGGCGGGGCCCGGCUUGUACUGCUCCCUCGCCACCAGGAGACAGCAGAAAGCGCAGGCGGUGCAGCUUCACAACACACACAACGGACUCAGCGAUCUUGUUUCCAUAGAGACGGCCUCCCCUCCUCCAGGGACGAUACUCAACAAGCCACGAAUCAACGAGGGGCGGAGCUUCCAGGCUGAGAUCCCACCUCUGCUGGGUCGAGAACACACUGACGCCGACCCCCACAAUGCACUGCUGCUGUGGACACCGUGGGACGAGCUGGAGCGUCCUGUCAAUCGUCAGAGAGUUGAAGCUCUGAUGAUGAUGGCUCGCUCCAGCGUGGUGCCGGGGGGCGGGGCCAGCCCGGAGUCUGCCCUCCAUGUCCUAUCAGAGUGCAGAGGAGACUUCCUGCUGACGGUGCAGAAACUUCUGUCAACUCCUGAGACCUCCGACGACCACACAGCGCCGCACCAUCAGGGUGUGAGGUGGAGCACAGCAGAGAGGAGGAUGAUGGUCAAAUCUCUGCACCUUCAUCACAAAGACUUCAGACGAGUCCAUGAGACUGUUCAGACUAAGUCCCUGUCUCAGUGUGUGGAGUUCUACUACCUGUGGAAGAAGAAGCUGAGCCUGAUCAGGAGGCCCCCUGCUGGACUGACCAUAUCACUGCCCAACACAAAGGGUCAAAGGUCACCAGGAUCCCAUGAUGCAUCAUGAUCCACUGCUGGAGUGACACACUACUGACCAACACACACACACACACACACACACACACACACACACACACACACACACACACACACACACAGUAUCAGCUACCAGCUUCCUCUCAGGUUCAGUCCACUCAGAUAAAACCUCUUAUUUAUUUCCUGUCUGAUGUCACAAGUCGUGUCGUCUUCAGACGAGCUGAACAUUAAAGAACUUUCUG